UCACUAAAUCUUGAAAUCGAAUACCCAUAAUUCUUGUAAAAGAUUUACGGUAUUUGAAACGUAUUAAUYGAGWACCGGGCUGUUUAAUAUACUACUUUAAUUUUCAUAUAUUAAUCCGUGGUUUCGCGUUCUGCUAACCAUCCUGAUUCCUGAACUCCAGAAUUCUUACCUGAAUGGGAUACGGUGAAAUUAGAAAUCGUACGAAACUUACAUAGCGACUUAMAUCAAUCGACCAUUUGUCUGUCUAACAUCCACCGAGUAUGGUUAAUUUUGUGGCUCAMCAUUUCCUCAGGUGUCAUUCAAAGUCCGACAAUGAUUCGGCUGACGUUUCUACACAGGUAUGGUUUGCGGCCUUCGAACCAUCCAAAACAUCCCACUUAGUGGCCACGUGUGGUGGUAACAAAGUCUGUAUUAUUGACGCAGAAACCGGAAAAGUCCAAUAUAGAUAUACUUAUCCCAAAGGAUUGUUGUAUACAUUAUCUUGGAGCACAGCAUGCCCCCACAAUAAUAUAUUGGCCACUGGCGGGACUACUAAUACAAUUGUGCUUAUAGACAAGUCAUCCAAAUUAGCAUACCUUCACUACAGUUUGUUCCAAGGAAAAAAUAGAAACAAAGGAAAAGUAUUUAUUAGUUCCAUUUUAUUUCAUCCUUCCCAAAAUGUAUUGUUUUGUGCAUUAAGCAAUGGAUGCUUGUACAUACUCACAUUUGAAACUGAUGAAAGUCGUAUUAUAAAUCUUGAACAUCAAUAUUUCAUUGAUCUCAAGUGUGAAAUAUUUGGAUUAGUGUUUUGUGAAAAAAAUGAUUAUUUACUCAUUGCCACUAAUAAAGGUUUAAAAGGAUGGAAUAACUUUCAGAGCAAGGAUCAAGAACUUAUAGAUUUUGAACUUCCAAAAAAUCCUAAUGAAAUGUAUAAGGAUCAAAAUGAAAGUGUGAUUGAUUCAGUUGAGAUUGUUAAAGACAGUUGGAUUGCCACUAAAGUGGCACUACACGGAGUUAUUUACAUUUUCAAUCUAGAUGCAAUGCUGCCUAAAACUAARAAAAACAAGUGUGCAGUAAAACCAAAUUAUAUACUUCAAUGGAGUGAUACAGACAACUAUUUCAUGAGCUGUAGUGUUGGUCUUGAUGGCAAGCUCUUAGCGUGUGGGGAUGAUAAAGGUAGCAUAUGGAUUUACGAUCUGAAGGACAUUGUCUUCAAAUCUUCAAAAAGUGAUUCCAAGGUCAUUACCGUCAAUUCAGUUUUGAAAUGGCCCAAACUUCAAGACAAGUUUUUGAAAAAGAAAAAGAAAUUGGAAGUAGAUGUUUAUGACAUAGUAAUAGCUAAAUGUGCUGUGCACUCUAGUGGCAAAUAUCUUGUAGCUGUAACUAAUAAUAAUUUAGUUUGUUUAUAUAAGAAGUCAACAGUAAAAAAAUAAAAUACGAU